AUGGAUGUUGCCAUUAAUGUUAAGCAACAAAAGCAUUUUGUACUUGUACAUGGUGCAUGCCAUGGGGCUUGGUGCUGGUACAAGCUCAAGCCUCUGCUGGAGUCUGCUGGACAAAGGGUCACAGCCAUAGAUCUGUCCGCUGCAGGGAUCAAUCCAAAAAGGUUAGAUGAGGUUUACACACUUGAGGAUUACAGCUUGCCACUGUUGGAGCUCAUGGCUUCAAUUCCUCCUGCUGAGAAGGUUGUUCUAGUUGGCCAUAGUUAUGGUGGCUUUAACUUGGCCCUUGCCAUGGAAAAUUACCCUGAAAAGAUCUCAAUUGCUAUUUUUGUCACAGCCUAUAUGCCUGAUAUUCUUCAUCCACGAUCCUAUCCUCUGGAACAGGAUCUUGAACUGGCAAAAUUGUUGGUUAGGCCAACCUUGCAUUUAUUAGAAGAUUUGGCAAAGGAAAAACCAUUUUCAGCUGAGAAAUAUGGUUCAGUCAAACGAGCUUAUAUUGUAUGCAAGGAAGAUAAAGUACUUACAUCGGACUUUCAGCAUUCGCUGAUUGAAAAUAUUGAGGUGACAGAAGUGAAAGAGAUCAAAGAUGCAGACCACAUGGUAAUGUUGUCGAAGCCCCAAGAACUCUGUCAAAAUCUCUUAGACAUAGCUGAGAAGUGCACUUAA